AAUGGCAUGAGAUGGAUCGUGGGGAGUUGCCAUCCAACGGCGCGCGCAAUUAGCCCCGGAAAAGCGCGGAAACGACCUCUCGUCUUCCCUUCUCUUCUCUCCAUUGCAUGGCAGCGAGGGCAGAAUUAGCGAUCAGCAUCUCUCGCGCGCCUCACAUGCCGCUCCCGUUCCGUCCCUUCCCCCUUCCCCAAUUAGCGAUCCCUCCACCACCGCCGUCGCCGGAGGAGCACGGGCGGCUCCUCCUCCUGCCGCUGGUGCGCUCUCGCGCUCGCCGCCAUUGCUGCUGUUGAUCGUAGAUGGACGACCUCAAGGCGAUCUUGGCGCGGCCGAUCCAGUUGGCGGAGCAGGUGAUCAAGUGGGCGGAGGAGGCGCAGACGUGCCGGCAGGAAUGCCUCGACCUCAAGGCCAAGGUCGAGCGCCUCGCCACCCUCCUCCGCCAGGCCGCCCGCGCCGACCUCUACGAGAGGCCCGCCCGCCGCAUCCUCGACGACACCGGCAAGGCGCUCGACAAGGCCGCCGCGCUGCUCGACCGGUGCCGCGGCCACGGCCUCGUCCGCCGCGUCUUCACCAUCAUCCCCGCCGGCUCCUUCAAGAAGACGUCCAACCAGCUGGACAACUCCCUCGGCGACCUCUCCUGGAUCCUCCGCGUCUCCAACUACAGCAACGCCGACGACCUCGACGACCACAUCGGCCUCCCGCCCAUCGCGCAGAACGAGCCCAUUCUCUUCCUCAUCUGGGAGCAGAUCGCCGUCCUCUACACCGGCAACCCCGAGGCCCGCGCCGACGCCGCCGCCAGCAUCGUCUCCCUCGCGCGCGACAAUGACCGCUACGGGAGGCUCAUCAUCGAGGAGGACGGCGUCCCGCCGCUGCUCCGCCUCAUCAAGGAGGGCAGCUCCGAGGGCCAGGAGACCGCCGCGCUCGCCAUCGGCCUCCUCGGCCGUGACCCCGAGUGCGUCGAGCUCAUGGUGCUCGCCGGCGUCUGCACCGCCUUCGCCAAGAUCCUCAAGGACGCGCCCAUGAAGGUGCAGGGCAUGGUCGCCUGGGCCGUCUCCGAGCUCGCCACCAACCACCCCAAAUGCCAGGACGCCUUCCUCCAGAGCAAUGUCAUCCGCCUCCUCGUCUCCCACCUCGCCUUCGAGACGGUGCAGGAGCACUCCAAGUACGCCGUCGCCUCCAAGAUGUCCAUACACACCGUGCUCAUGGACAAGAAGAACAACGGCGCCAGCUCCGCCUCCGCCUCGCAUCACGACACGCUGGAGGCCGCCGACCAAGCCACCACCAUGCUGGCAGCGAAGCCCACCGGUGGCGCCGCCAGCUCGAGCGCCACAGGAGCCGGGACCUCGAGCAGCGGCGGCGGCGGCGGCGUCGGCGUCGCCGGGACGAAGCAGCACAGCGCGUCCCUGUCCGGGACGAGCACGAAGGCGCGGGAGUUCGAGGACGCAGAGACGAAAGCCUACCUGAAAGCCAACGCCGCCAAGGCGCUGUGGCAGCUCGCCACGGGCAAUGCCGCCGUCUGCAAGAACAUCACCGAGUCCAGGGCGCUGCUCUGCCUAUCCGUCCUCCUCGAGAAAGGCGUCGACGACGUGCAGUACAACUCGGCCAUGGCGCUCAUGGAGAUCUGCCUGGUCGCCGAGCAGAACGCCGACCUCCGGCGAUCGGCAUUCAAGCCGACAUCCCCCGCCGCCCGCGCCGUCGUCGACCAGCUCCUCCGCGUCGUCCACAAGGCCGACUACGACGAGCUCCUCAUCCCCUGCAUCAUAUCGCUCGGCUGCCUCUCCAGAACGUUCCGGGCAACCGAGACCCGGAUCAUCGGGCCAUUGGUGAACCUCCUCGACGAGAGGGAAGCCGACGUCAGCCGCGAGGCGGCCGUCGCGCUCACCAAGUUCGCCUGCACGGAGAAUUACCUCCAUGUCGACCACUCCAAGGCGAUCAUCCACCACGGCGGCGCCAAGCACCUCGUCCAGCUCGUCUACUUCGCCGAGCAGGCCGUCCAGAUAGCCGCGCUCCUCCUCGUCUGCUACAUCGCGCACAACGUCCCGGACAACGAGGAGCUUGCGCAGGCGGAGAUCCUCACCUUGCUUGAGUGGGCAUCCAAGCAAGCAGCAAUGGUGCAAGAUCCAUUGAUCGACAGCUUGUUGCUCGAAGCCAAGAUUAGGAUGGAGCUCUACCAAUCCAGAGGGGCCAAAGGUUACUACUGAAAUCAAAAAUGGUUUCUUGAUGCAGAAAGAGGCUUGUAGUAGGAUGAUACCAAGAUGGAUGGCCGGCUUCUUCUUCAUCGUCUUCGUUGCAUCAAUCAGCUGAUGACUACUGUAUAUAUAUUCAGGUGUUUGACUUGAAAUUGUUGAUGCAAUCAGUUCGAUUCCAUGCUUUGUCCAGGGCAUCAAAUGGGUUUUUGUAGGAGUUGCUGGUGUUCGUUGUUGACUUGUAUAUCCGUUGGUGGUGACUAAUGGUGACUGGUUGUAUAGCUUUGGAUUUUGGAGUUUAGCAUCUUGUACUCUCAUUUCACCCUGAUGCUCGAUGUAUAUUAAAAAGUUCAAUUAUUCUCAACUUUGAUA